GAUUGGAUCUCAUUUACUGGGAUCCCUGUCAUUUCUGUUCUCACAUUGAGAUCCGAGAACAUUGAGAAGUGAGGACCGAGCAGUUAUUUAACCGUCAAUUCCAACUCACUCUUCCAGAGCCUCCUCCCGAGUGCCGACACCACACAAAACCCUCUCUUCCUCGCUUUCUAAAUCACCGCAGCCACUCACAGCCACGAUGGACCAAGGCGUCAACGCCACCACUAGCGGCGGCGAGGUCCGGAUUCACCAGACCCGGAGACUCCCGGAUUUCCUGCAGAGCGUGAAUCUCAAGUACGUUAAAUUAGGCUAUCACUACCUGAUCUCUAAUUUGUUGACUCUAUGUAUCAUACCUUUAAUCGCUGUUACUUUAAUCGAGUUAUCUCAAAUGGAUGUUGACGAUAUUCGUCAAUUGUGGCUUCACCUUCAGUACAAUCUAGUCAGUAUCGUUAUCUGUUCUGCCAUUUUAGUCUUCGGUUUGACUGUCUAUGUCACGAACCGGCCUAGACCGGUUUAUUUGGUCGAUUAUGCCUGCUAUAAGGCACCCGAUCAUCUGAAAGCCCCAUCCAGCCGGUUCAUGGACCAUUCCCGGCUCACCGGAGAUUUUGACGACUCGUCCCUUGAGUUCCAGCGCAAGAUCUUGGAGCGCUCAGGGCUUGGGGAUGAGACUUAUGUGCCGGAGGCUAUGCAUUAUGUUCCUCCGAGGCCGUCAAUGGCUGCUGCUAGGGAAGAGGCAGAGCAAGUUAUGUAUGGUGCAUUGGAAAAUCUAUUUAGCAAUACCAAUGUCAAUCCGAAGGAUAUUGGUGUUCUUGUUGUAAAUUGUAGUUUGUUUAACCCGACGCCUUCGUUGUCUGCUAUGAUUGUGAACAAGUAUAAAUUGAGGGGUAAUAUUAGGAGUUUUAAUUUAGGAGGGAUGGGUUGUAGUGCUGGGGUUAUAGCGGUGGAUCUUGCUAAGGAUAUGUUGCAAGUUCAUAGGGAAACUUACGCUGUUGUUGUGAGUACUGAGAAUAUUACCCAGAAUUGGUAUUUUGGGAAUAAGAAGUCUAUGUUGAUACCCAAUUGUUUGUUUCGAGUUGGGGGUGCAGCAGUGUUACUUUCGAAUAAGUCAAAAGAUAGGAGCCGGGCUAAGUAUAAGCUUGUUCAUGUUGUGAGGACUCAUCGUGGGGCAGAUGAUAAGGCCUUUCGUUGUGUGUAUCAAGAACAGGAUGACGCAGGGAAAACUGGGGUUUCACUUUCCAAAGAAUUGAUGGCGAUUGCUGGGGAUGCACUGAAGACCAACAUAACUACAUUAGGUCCUCUUGUACUUCCAAUUAGUGAGCAGCUUUUGUUCUUUGCAACUUUGGUGCUUAGGAAGUUCUUCAAGGCAAAAAGAAAGCCUUAUAUUCCAGAUUUCAAGCUGGCAUUUGAUCACUUCUGCAUUCACGCUGGUGGGAGGGCUGUGAUUGAUGAGCUGGAGAAGAAUCUGCAGCUUUCACUGACACAUGUGGAAGCUUCUCGGAUGGCUCUUCAUCGAUUUGGGAACACUUCGUCAAGCUCUAUAUGGUAUGAGUUGGCCUAUAUUGAGGCCAAGGGAAGAAUGUUCAAGGGAAACCGUGUCUGGCAGAUUGCAUUUGGAAGUGGUUUCAAAUGCAACAGUGCGGUGUGGGAGGCUCUUCGGAAUGUCAAACCAUCUCAUAAUGGACCCUGGGAAGACUGCAUUGAUAGGUACCCAGUGAAAUUUGUUGAUUAGCUCGAUAUCAUUAUGGCCAGAUACUGCUUCUUAACAUUAUAUUUUUUGUUAACUUGAACGUGGUUGUGAAAAUGUGUUUCUUGUACUUGCUUGUCCUUUCGGUGUCUGAAAUAAUAUUUUCCGACAGAUGAACUGCUGAUUAUAUGCUGUAAUUCUUGUGGUGACUUUGUUACAAUGUUGAGAAUUUAGUUUCCAUUUAAAUUCUGCAACUCACUGACUGAAGUGACACUCUCUGUCUCUAGAUUUUCUUAUUAGGAUAUGUUGAUUGAUAUUGUUUGUAGUUUCAGAAUCCAUUAAUCUUGUUUUAUAACUUCUGUUGAUUUGUAACGCAUAAGUUACUCUA